AAUCUUAACUGGCAUAAUGUAAUCACUAACCCCACUACAUUAAGCAAAAGAAAUGAAAGCUCUUCCCCUUUUUGCGAGUGUAGUGGAACUUCCAAAAGUUCCCAACACUCAUGCCUUCCUCUGUCCCUCACUUUCUUGAUUCCCUCAUGUUUCUUUCCUCAGAAAAUCCUAAUGCACCGCAAACCCACUUUCCACCCACUAAAGCAAUCAAAGAUAAACCACUGAACAAGGUUUUCAAUUCUGUUUCAUGGAGUUUUCUCUUCUGGGUUUUCUUCUUUUUUUUGUCUUGUUUGCUCAUGCCCUUUGCAAAUCAGAUAUUCACAUUGGCCAUAGAGUUACUCUUGCUGUACCUGUUGAAUACAGCCUUGGAAUCAUUGGUAGAGCUUUCCUGAUGGAAACAUAUCAAAGUGAACCCAAGUUUAAAGUUGCAUUAAGUGUUGUGCCAAUUAAUGGGAAAUAUUCUUGUUCUUUAGAAGUUUUUCUUGGAGAUGUGAAGGUGUGGAAUUCUGGUCAUUACUCUCCAUUUUUCACUUCAGAUACUUGCGUUCUUGAGUUAACGAAGGAAGGAGAUUUGCAAUUGAAGGGACCAAAAGAGCUAGUUGGAUGGCGAACAGGAACUUCUGGACAAGGUGUGGAGAGAUUGCAGAUACUGGGUUCAGGUAAUCUCGUUCUGGUUGAUAACCUGAACCGUAUAAAAUGGCAAAGUUUCAAUUUUCCAACAGAUGUAAUGCUAUGGGGACAGAGACUAAAUGUUGCUACUCGUUUGAUUUCUUUUCCAAUGAAUUCAAGUGCAUUCUAUUCCUUUGAAAUUCAACGCAACAAGAUUGCUCUUUAUCUCAAUUCUGGUAAGUGGAACUACUCUUACUGGGAAUUUAAACCUUCAAAGAACAGAAACAUCAGUUUUAUUCAAUUAGGCACAAAAGGGUUAGAGUUAUUCAAUGAUAAAUAUCACAAAAUCGCGCAGAUUUCUUCUUUGUCGAACUGGCUUCUACUUCAACCCUUGAGAUUUUUAGCUCUGGGGAAUAAAACGGGAAAUUUGGGGCUAUAUUUUUACUCACCUGACAAGGAAAGAUUUGAGGCUGCAUUUCAAGCACUGAACACUACUUGUGAUCUUCCUUUAGCUUGUAAACCAUAUGGUAUUUGUACAUUCUCCAAUACUUGUUCAUGUAUUAGACUUUUAACUAAGGAAAAUGAAAAGGGUAAUAGCAAUUCUGAUUGUAGUGAAGGACUCUCUAGAGAAUUCUGUGGUAAAGGUAAGGUAGAGAUGCUUGAAUUAAAUGAUGUUGGAAGUGUUCUGAGUGCUGCUGCUCCUACAAAGGUUAACAUUAGCAAGGAAGAUUGUGCGGAUUCUUGUUUACAAGAUUGUAAAUGUGUUGCUGCAUUAUAUUCCUCUGUUGAGGAGGGUGCAAGUUCCAGAUUAAAAGAAUGUUUUCUUUAUGGAUUGGUGAUGGGUGCUAAACAAGUAGAAAGAGGAACAGGAUUUACUUACAUGGUAAAGGUUCCUAAAGGAACCCAUGUUGGCCAUGGGAAGUCUGGAUUGAAGAAAUGGGUAAUAGUAUUGGUGGGAGUUAUUGAUAGUUUCAUCAUUUUGCUUCUUUUAGGAGGUCUUGGGUAUUAUUUGAUUCGAAAGAGAAGAAAGAACAUUCCUGCUACUAGUAACACUACCUGAGAAGAUUGCUUGUGAUCUCAUGUUCCUGGCAUGAGAAUUUAAGGCCACUGCCAGCUUUCCCUUUUGGGUUUCACUUGUUCAUAUAGAUUAUACAAUUCUUGGUUGUUUCUACAGGCUGAUUAAAAUUUGAAAGGGUAAUGAGAUUUGAGAUUGCAUUUC